AUGCCUGCACUACGAUUAGCGGGGCCUAGGGUGGCACCGACGCGUUUUCUACUCAAAAAUUCGGCAAGAAACUUUGCCACGGAACUUCCACGGCCACCACCACCAAGAUCACAGCCUGUAGUUGAAACUUUUUCGGAUACAUCAAGGCCUCGUCCUUACUAUGCGAAACACCCACCAUUCAGAGAACUUCCAAGGGCACAGUCAAAAUGGCCAAUCGCGCUCGGGUUGCUGGUCACAGGUGUGGCUGGUUGGGCUGCUUUUAUGACCUUCGCUACGAACCAAGAGAAGCUGUCCAGUUCCGUGUUUCGAAGUAUUGUCCGUGCUUUGAAGUCAGAUUCUCAAUUGCGGGAGGUUUUGGGUGAGGCCAUCAGGCCUCAGCCUGAAUGGUAUCUGAAUGGUGAUCCACAUGUAAAGGGACGGAUUAGCCAACUGCAAGGUAACAUCGAUGUGAGCUUUAGAGUUAGGGGUUCAAAAGGAUCUGGAACCUUGUACUUCACGAGCAUACGAAAAGAAAAAGGCGUACCGUUCACCGUUCUCCGAUUCCGUGUCAUCUGUGAUGACGGGACGAUCGUUAAUAUUUCGGAUGCAGCAGCACCUGCUCUCGAUUCAUAG